AUGCGUUGGUUGAAAAAUUUUGAAAGACUUCAAGAAAUCCAGUCACAGCUAAUCUGGCCAUCAGUUUCAGAAUUAGAGCCAAGAGUUUUCAUUCCUGAAUUUCUGCGUCAAAGUUUAGCCCGACAACCAUGUGAACGAUUGAUUGCAAAUCCUAAACGUCAAUUGUUACACGAAGGAUUUCUGACACUCAAUGAUGGAACUAAAACUAUCGAAAUCUUCGCUUUCCUCUUCGAUGACUUUCUUUUAAUCACAAGAAUCAAGAAACCACCAAAAAAGAAGUCAUUUUCAGAGAAUCCAUUAAUUGGUCGCAGUAUAACCGAAGGUGGCGUUUUUGUAGUCUACAGACAAGUAAUAGCACUUGAUCGUUUCACUAUACAUGACUUAGGAAUUGUCGAAGCUACUGCUAAUGGCUUGCGAAACGCCAUCGUUCUUGUACUGAUAACACGAUUUCAACAGAUCACAGGAGUUUAUACACUACAGGCAGCAAAUGAGUUGGAUAAGCAAAGAUGGAUAGAAAAGCUUCGAAAUAGUCAACAAGCAUUUCAAGAGAAGUUAAAACACAAACUCUACGGGAUCGAUGUUGAUCAACACACAAAUAAACACAGUAAAUUAAUUAAUCAAAAGCCUAAACUUACCAAUCAAGUAUCCUUGGCUGAAGAUACUCUCAGCUCCAGUUUAUCGUGUGAUGUUGUAAAAGGAGGUAAUGAUGAAAGCUCCUCAGGUAAACUCAGUAAUGAUGAUGAUUCUUGUACAACAAAUCAAGACAAAAAGGCGAAUAAUCGAAGCUCUGGUAAUCUCAUGUCCAAUGCAUCAUCAACAAGGGGGACAUCUAAAUCUCUAGUGAAUGAUUCCCAGUUGUCAACUGUACAACAACAACAGAAUCAAGAAGGUGAACUUCAAGAAUGCGAUAGUUUAAUUAAAAUCACUUCGCCUACAGAUAAUCCCCUGAUUGAGACUAUUCAUGAAAGUAGCAGUGAACCAGAAAGAAGUGAAGUGAUUGUAGAAAUAUCAGAAAAAGACACUGCUAAAGAAUACUUAAAAGUAGAUAAUCCUUCAUCGGGAAUAAAGAUUGCUCCUCAGAUGAACUCGGUGCAACUGUAUCCACGCCAAUCUCGUUAA